AUGGCAGCUACCGAAAGCCUCUUGAAAAAGGUGCGCGCUGGCUCUGUUAACUGGUCUUCAGAGGAAGUGGAACGGGUAGUGCUCGAGGUUAUCGAAGACCAGUUGCAGGAUGUCGAAUACGAUGAAAGCUUAGCAUCCCAAUGGGUGAACAACAUUUGCGAAGAGUGCAUGCAGCGGCUAGUGGAACUGAAGAAGCCGUUCAAAUACAUUGUUCAGACUGCAAUUCUCCAACGCACAGGCGCGGGCCUACACGCUACGUCCUCGUGCUUCUGGCAACCGGCCGAAGAUGGUGCGCUCGUUUGCCUUUGGCCGCGCGAGCGAUUGCAGACCCAGGAAAAGAAAGGAGGCGUGCAGGCCUGUGUGAUCGUCUACGUCAUUAGCCUCUGA